AUGAUGGCGCGUUCGCACGGCGGCGCGGCUGUGACGCGACGCUCUGGCCUCGUGCUCGCUGCACUGGCUGCUCUCAUGCUAUCAGGUAUGCUCUCAUGCUCUCAUGUUGCUCUCAUGCUCUCAGGUAUGCUCUCAUGCUCUCAGGUAUGCUCUCAUGCUCUCAGGUAUGCUCUCAUGCUCUCAGGUAUGCUCUCAUGCUCUCAGGUAUGCUCUCAUGCUCUCAGGUAUGCUCUCAUGCUCUCAGGUAUGCUCUCAUGCUCUCAGGUAUGCUCUCAUGCUCUCAGGUAUGCUCUCAUGCUCUCAGGUAUGCUCUCAUGCUCUCAGGUAUGCUCUCAUGCUCUCAAGUAUGCUCUCAUGCUCUCAGGCAUGCUCUCAUGCUCUCAGGUAUGCGCAACACCCUCUUAG